AUGACAACAACCUCCCCCCCUCUUAUCAUUUAAUCUACUAUUUAAAUAAUUUAAUCAGUUAAUUCUAUAAUUGUCAUGGAGAAUAUUUAUCCAUUUAGUCUUUCUAUCAUUUUGAAUCUAUUCAAUAUUCAAUGGAUUAUAUCUUAUGAACAAUUGUAUCCAACAGAUUUUCAAUCAUUAAAUUUAGGUUCAUGUUUAUUAAAUGGGGGUGAUUUAUAUUGUCAAAAAUAUAGACGUUAUAGUUUUUGUUCAAUAAAACAUGAUGAAUGUUUUUGUUUACCAAAAUAUGUAUCAGUUUAUGAAAUGAAUGAUAGUUGGUAUACAUGUAAACCAUUACUUACAGAUUUAUACUGUCGUAUAGAUUCAGAUUGUUCCUAUAUUCAUGGCAGUAUAUGUCAUCCAGGAGUUGGUGCAUGUGUUUGUCCUAGUGGUUAUGAAUUUGUAUUUCAACAUUUUUCAUGCUUACCACGUGCAAAUGACAGUUUGAAUCCGUUUUGCACAGCUUGUCAGAGAAUUAAUGGAGUAUGUGUGGUAAAUAAUAGAAAAAACGGUUUAUUGUUGAAUAAUUAUUAUCAAAAUAACCUUCAAUGUGAAUGUCCUAGAAAACCAAACAUUUCUGAUAUAAAGAAAUAUCCGUUUUUUGAUCUAUGCAAUCCAAUUCCUGUUGAUAUUGGAGAAGAGUGCAACCAUGUGAAUAAAGUAUGUAUAAGUCAAAAUGCAAUUUGUCAUAAAAAUUCAAUGGAUGAUUUGAAUCAAACACAAUUGACAACAAAACGUAAUUCAAAUAUUUGUGUAUGUCAUGAUGGUUGGAUACCAGUUUAUCAAAGAAAUUUAGAUUAUUUUGAAUGUUUUCACGAAAUAACUGAUCCAUCAAUUAUUGAUUGUCAUAAUUGUUAUCAAUCAAAUCAUAAAUGUUAUCAAUUCAAUAUUGGAUCAAUCAAUAAAUUACAUAAUCAAUAUCGUUGUACAUGUUCAUUAUUUAAAAAAAAUAAUCAAUGUUUAAGUAGUGAUACUAAUUGCUUAUAUCAUAUAGAUAUAAAUGAUGAUCCAAAUUUUAAUCAAUUUUUAAUGAAAAGAAAAAAUAUUCAAGUAAACGAACCUUCAACAUUGAAUAGGAACAAAAAUGAUUGUAUAGAAUACUUAUUACAUAUUACAUGUAAUCAACAAAUUAUUCAUAUUUGUUUCAAUAAUCCAUAUCCAAAAUCAAUAAUCAAUUAUAAUAAAUUAAACAGUGAUUUCAUUUAUUUAAAAAAAUCAAUAAAUUUUCCAAAAUUUAUUAAAAAUUUAUUUAAUUAUUCAAUUAAUAAUAAAAAAUGUUAUUUAAUCAAUAAUUAUAAUCAUAAUCAAUAUUGUUUAAUAUUAAAUAUUCAAUUUAAUAAAUUAAAACAAUGUGGAAUUUAUGAAAUUAAUUAUAAAUAUGGAACUGUAUUUUAUGGAACAUUACAUGCUGAAACUACACAAAGUGAGAUUUCAUUAUUGAGAAACAUUCACAUUGAUUUUGCUUGUCAUAUUAAUGUUUCUCAUUUGAAUGGAUCUAAUCUAUCUACUUCAUACUUCUAUGAUAGAUCAAUCAACUUGGAAAAAACAACUAAUUCAUUGAUUUUAUCACAAAAAUUAUCGGAAAUCAAUAAUUUUCAUUCAACAAAUGAUAUUGAAAAAGUUACUUUGCAAAAAGAAAAGAUACAAAAUAUUGAUUCUAGUUUAAUAUCAUUAUCUAUUAUUAAUUUAACUAAGAAUAUUUCACAAAAUUAUGAAAUGAUAUUAAAAAUUUCUUCAACUAUAUCUGAAUUCAUAUUAAUAGAAUAUUGUUUAAUCAAUGGUCAAUCAAUUCCUUCCAAGAUACAACCAACUUAUGAAUAUGAAAAACUCUUAGAUUUAAAAUGUUUCAAUACAAACAUUCAUAGAAUUAAACGAAUCAUUGAUCUCUUCAGGAAUCUACCAGAAUAUCAAUGUAUCUUAUUUAAACAAAUCAUACAUCAUCGGACAUCUAAUAAUAAUAAUCAUUCAAUAUGGAUAAGUCAACCAUUUCAUUUAAAAAAUGUCUCAUUAUAUAAUAGUGUAUAUUCUACUUGUCUUAUACGUAUUUGUCAAAUAGAACAAUUUUGUACAUAUGCUGAAUUUUAUUCAUUCAAUAGAACAGAUAAACAAUACAAUGAUCAAUCUAUACAAUCUAAAGUGUAUAUACCAUUGAUCAUGUUGAAUAAUAACAAUAAUGAUAGAAAUAAAACUAACUUAGCUCAUUUAUUCCCACCAAUCAAUUUCAAUAAUUUAAUACAAUUUCACUUUAUUCAAUCUAAAUUGAAACUGAAUCAAACUAAUAUGAACAUACAAUUGAAUGAUCCUAUUGAUGUAUAUUCUAAACAUAUAACUAUAAAUGUGAACAAAUCACAAGAAUAUGUUUGGAUUAAAUAUAUUUUGGGAAUUUCUAUGUUUACCUUAAUAUGUCAAAUAAUAAUAUUUAUAAUUAAAUAUUUGAAGAAAUACUAUACAAAAUACAAACUUACCAAUCAUAGAAAUUCAUUUUUAAUGACAGAGAAUGCAAACGAAGUUCAGCAAUCUGUCAAUAGAGAUGUAAACUCUAAACACAUUUAUCACAAUGGUUAUAAUAUGGAAAAUAUAUGUCAGUUACACAAUACUAAUAUCAUAAUUGAUAAUAAUAGACUAAAGAAAGAAAGAAAGGAUACUGAAUGUGAUAUCAUUGAACAGAAUCAACCUGAUCACCCACAUCCACAUCCACAUCAUCAACACCAGCAACAACAACUUCAUCUGAUCAAUAGUUUACCUAAAUCUAAACAAACUAAUCAAUCCAUGGAAUGUUUAUUCACUUAUCCAUUGAAUAAAUCAAAUACAAUAUUACAUUAUACAAAUUCAUAUCUUAAAUCCCCAAUUUAUGAUCAACAGGAUCAUAAUAAUGUAGAUCAAAAUGAUAAUAAUGAUCAUGAUCUACCUCAUUUCACUAUGGAUUCAUGUAUAAAAACGAAAAAUAACGAUUUAUCUCAACAUAUAAGUAAAUCUACAUUGAAUAUUGCAUCAUCGAAUCAAAUGAAAGUACCAAUAGAACAUUCAAUUAUCAAUAGUUGUAUACAUAAAAACAGAUUACUCCCAACAUGUUAUCAUAAUGAUUGUUUAAAACAACAAUAUGAUUAUUGUACAAUAUAUCAUAAUUUAAAAAAUCAUAAUUAUAAAAAUGGUUGGGUUUAAAGUGAACAGUUGUAAAAUUCCACUUUUCUUUGUUUAUAAUGAUAGUUUCUAUGAUGAUAAAAUUUUAAUCAGUACACGUUUACAAUUUGUAUGAAUUACUUACUUACGUGUGUUAACCUCAGUGCAACAUAGGCUGUGGACGAGAAUUCUCCAAUCCACUCUGUCCUGGACCUUCCUUUCUAGUUCUAUCCAAU